AAUCAUGCAUUUCAGUUUGGUUGUGGAAUUUCACAAGAUGGCGAAAACUUAGUAGCAAUUAGGGCAGGGCAACUGCGUACAAGCAAAACUGGAAUUGAGAUGCGAAUGUGGAUUGACAGCAACACGAAGCGAUAUGUUCCCGUCGAUGAGGACCUGGUCAUUGGAAUUGUGGUAGAUAAAAGAACAGAAGAUUAUCGUCUAGAUGUUCGAGGGCCCAGUUACGGUGUUCUGUCUGCUCUUUCAUUCGAAGGGGCAACAAAAAGAAACAAACCUAAACUGGAGAUUGGAUCUCUGGUUUACUGCAGAGUGUCAAACUCAUAUCGCGAUGCAGAAUCUGAGCUGUCUUGUCUUUCUUUGACAUACAAGAAGGCUGUUUUUGGGGAAUUGGAAGGAGGGCAUAUGAUAGAAACUUCAAUCGGUUAUGCCAGAUCGCUCUUGCUUCCUGAAAACGUUGUUGUAAACUGCUUGGGUCGUCAUCUUGCCUACGAAAUUGCAGUCGGAUGUAAUGGAAGGGUUAUUUGGAUCAAAAGUGAUUCCGUCGCUAAAACUAUUCUGAUUGCUAAUGCAAUUCGAAAUGCUGAGUAUGACGAGCUGAUCUGUGCUGAUCCAUGUUGA